UCUCAUAUUUGAUGUGAUAAGUAAAAAUUCAAAAACCCUAACGCAACACUGAGCGAGCGAGCAAGCAAGCAACUGUGGCAUCUCUUCCCCUUUCUUCGCCGCAGUCACCUAUCAUCACUAUCACCGCCCCCAAUUUCCAUUCUACACCCCUCUAAAAUGAUCAAACCACCUCAUCUACUCUUUAUCCUCUUCAAUGGAUCAUCAACCUCGUGAUUCAAAUCUCAACCAUCCCGCACGUGCUUCCACCACGAAUGCUGUUCCUCGGCACGUGACACUCUCCGAUGCCGCCCUUCCCACAAUGGGUCCCAUUAGAAGAGCUGACGCCUGGUUCGUCAAACUCGCUUCAACCGUUUUCGUUCGUUACACUUCAUUCGACCGUUUCAUUUUUUAUUUUAGUAAACAUUUAACUCCAAAUCUCGUUCAAGAGAUUGUUAAUUCUAGGUUUAACAAAACUCCUUUGUUAGGUUUUAGGGUUGUUGAAUUCACUAAAGAGAAAUUGCAUAUGAAUCAUAAUUAUUGGACUUAUAAUAUGCUUUUGAGAUCGCUUUGUGAAACGAAUCAUCAUCGUUCCGCGAAAUUGGUUUACGAUUGGAUGAGAUUUGAUGGGCAGGUUCCUGAUAGUUGGUUGUUAGGGUUUUUGGUUUCGUCGUAUGCUUUGAUUGGUAGAUUCGAUGUUUCAAAAGAGUUGCUUGUUGAUGUUCAGUGUAAUAAUGUUGGGGUUAAUGUUGUUGUUUACAAUGAUUUGUUUAAUAUUUUGAUUAUAAAGAAUAAAGCGAGGGAGGCUGUUGAUUUGUUUUGGGAGCUUGUUCGGUUAAGGUAUUGUCCGGUUACUUAUACCAUCAAUAUUUUAAUGCGGGGUUUGUGUCGGGCGGGUGAAAUUGAUGAGGCGUGUAAGCUUCUUGGUGAUUUGAGGAGUUUUGGUUGUUCACCGGAUGUGAUUACUUAUAAUACUAUUAUUCAUGGUUUUUGCCGGAUUAGUGAGGUUGAUAGAGCUAGAAGCUUCCUUAAUGAGGUUUGUUUGAAUGGCCAAGUUGCGCCCGAUGUUGUUAGUUAUACGACAAUUAUAUCGGGUUAUUGCAAGUUGAGUAGGAUGAAAGAGGCAUCUUCGCUUUUUGAUGAAAUGAUUAGAUCGGGAACUAUGCCUAAUGCAUUUACUUUUAACGCUCUUAUUGAUGGAUUUGUUAAGUUGGGGGACAUGGCUUCCUCGUUAGCCAUGUACCACAAGAUGCUUUUUCGUGGAUGUAAUCCUGAUGUUGUUACUUUCACUUCCCUUAUUAACGGCUAUUUUGUAGUUGGCCAAGUGAAACCUGCCUUAGAAAUGUGGAAUGAAAUGAAUAGCAGAAAAGUUGCAGCAAGUUUAUAUACUUUCUCUGUUCUUGUCAAUGGUUUUUGCAAGAACAACAGACUGCACGAGGCUCGUGACAUUUUGACAAGACUGAAGCAGAGUGACGUUGUUCCACAAUCAUUUGUCUACAAUCCUGUUAUUGAUGGAUAUUGUAAAUCAGGGAACGUUGACGAGGCUAAUAAAAUUCUUGCUGAAAUGGAGGAGAAUAGGUGCAAGCCUGAUAAGUUGACAUAUACCAUUCUUAUUAUUGGGCAUUGUUCGAAAGGGAGAAUGGCCGAAGCAAUUGGUAUCUUUGAUAAAAUGUUGGCAGUUUGUUGCGCCCCUGAUGAAAUCACUAUAAAUAAUUUACGUUCGUGUCUUUUGAAGGCCGGAAUGCCUGCUGAAGCUGCCCGCGUUAAGCAAGCUCUAUGCCAUAAGCACAACUCGAGUACUUCAUUGAAGAAGAAAUCUUUUCAUGAAAGUACAAAUGCAGAUAUAACCAUUGCUGCUUAUUGAAGUGCAAUUGCCAUCUAGUGUUUUUAAAUAAUGCUUCCACCAUUUUGCAUUGAGUACUGGUGCAUGUUUCCUGGCUUGUGGUGGCACAAAGGAGUGUUAUGAUCAAACAGAGUGCCUCUAUGUGCUGUAGAUCACCAACAUUUGCAUUUGCAUUGCCGCUGCCUCCAAGAUUCUGCUGAUUGGUUUUUAACCUGAACCUAGGUCUUGCAUUGGUAUUUUGAAUUGCAAUUGUGAACUCCAACAAUCCCACCCCAUCCCGAAUGGGAGAAAUAUGCCGUGAAUCACUGAAGCCUAGACUUUUUGGCCAUGCAGGUGGUUCAGAGACAGCGCUUCUCAGUUUUUUGAAGUACGUGGAGAGGCCCAAGUUUCACAACAUUGACACACAAAUGCGGGUCAGUCAAUUAGUAUAACCCGAUUCUUUACAAGUUUAAUGAUUGCUUGAUGUCAGUAAUGUUUAAUGUGAUAAGGCGCGUCAUGUUAUACAGAAUUUCAUGCUUUGAAGUUCAAUUUAUCAUUGGCUAAAUAGCUGCUGGCCUUUGGAAUUAAAUUCUUCUGUGAAAUAAGGUUUUCUAUUUUCAUCUUUUUUGGCUUUAUACAUGGUCUCAGAGGUGUAACAAUAAUUUUAAUCAGUGACCUGAAUGAAAUUCAACCAUAUGAAUUUUUUAUUCUUUCUAGACAUUUAUAAAGUACAAGAGAGAGUGGAGUUUCCCAUAAAAGAGAAUAUGACAGAAGUAUAAUGUAUGAUUGAUUUGGUAAAAUCUACCUCUAGUUGAAGAUCUGCAUAUCCCCUUUUUGAGGGAGAGUUGUA